GGAAAAGAACUUCCCGAAGAACUACAAAGAAGAAUCGUACGGUUGGAGGAAGCAGAUCCGUUCCCAAAGCGGUUACGAGACGGUGAACGGGUGGCACUCGCCGUCCCGCAGCUACCUCCACGCGCUCCGGGAGGGGGGGGAGGAGGAGGCGGUGGAGGGAUGCGGGGGCGUCCUCCGCCUCCGCGUUCUCUACUCUGCGCCGGACGCCGUCCACCGCAUCCACUAUCAGGUGGAUGUCAGGCUGAGUCGGGUGAUUUCCCGAGGGGACAUCCAGGCGUCCGGGGCCUUCGACCAGGAGCCGGGCGAGGCGGCGGAGGAUCCCGUCGACCCGGAUCUCCUGCUCUACCGGCCCGACGCGGAUGCCCCGAAGCCGGAUCGCCUGGUCGAGGCGGCACUCGAGAUCCCGGUCGCGCCCGAGAUGGCGCCCGAGGGCAACCUGGUGGUCUUUUACGUAAGAGCGGACGGGGAGGUGGUGUCGGAUCACCUCGCCUUCCGGGUCGAGCGGUGCCUCCCCAACAAGGUGGAACUGAACUGGAAGGAGGAAGAAACGGGACCCGGAUCGAAGGCGGGGCUGAGGGUGAAGGCCGCGCCGGAGUCCGUCUGCGGGCUGAGGGUCGUGGACGCGAGCGUCGACCUUCUCAGGCCGGGGCAUCGGCUGGAUGCAGAUGCAGUCUUUCGGGCGCUGGAGCGAUUCCGGAUCGGCGCGCACCAGUUCCCCGCUCAGAGCCGGGACAACGACUUCUGCCUCAGGCAUCGGUCGAACGAAAGUCUCGCCGGUAUGUUCGUUCCAUGCAC